CCAAGACAGUCAACACUCGAAAUCUCACUAGACAAGCUGUCACAGGCGAGAUGCGAGCGAUAAGAAAUGCACAGCGAUGAUGACUAUGUCGACGUCUCAUCCAAGAAACGCUCAGACGGCGACUUCGAUCCCAAUGACCCUCUCCUGCCCUCACCUGACAACACCCCUCAACUGACAAGGGAUUCGUCUGCCGUUGAUCUUAGCAGUACUCGCCCUACUCCCCAGAAACAGUCAUCUCUAUCCCAGCCUCGCAAUGAUGGGACCCCUAGGACCCCCCUCCGUGUACGGUUCGAUCUGGAGGAGCCCGAGGGUCCAGUAAGAGAGGAGUUGAACGUUGAAGAGGAAGACUAUCUAGAUUCACCUGGCCAUGGACAAGAUGCACCACUUCUCACAGAUAUCACUCCACCGGCAGACUCGCCGUUUUUGUCUGAUGCGUUUCAGCCUGAAGAUCAUCUUCCCGAUGCUCGACCCAAGAGUGGGAUGCGCAGUGCCUUUAUGAACAUGGCCAAUUCCAUCAUUGGGGCUGGUAUCAUUGGUCAGCCCUUUGCAUUUCGUCAGGCCGGACUCACCAUGGGCGUAUUGCUGCUGGUCGGGUUGACCAUAACAGUGGACUGGACCAUUCGCCUCAUUGUCAUCAACAGCAAGUUGUCUGGCGCCGAUUCGUUCCAAUCGACCGUGCAACAUUGUUUUGGGAAGGGAGGGCUGAUAGCAAUUUCUCUUGCCCAGUGGGCUUUUGCAUUCGGUGGCAUGAUUGCUUUUUGCAUCAUUGUGGGGGACACUAUCCCACGGGUACUCCAGGCUCUGUUCCCUAGUCUGGUCGAUGCUCCGUUUCUAUGGCUUUUGACUGACCGAAGAGCCAUCAUUGUACUUUUCAUUCUGGGUAUUAGCUGGCCUCUCAGUCUAUAUCGAGACAUUGCAAAGCUCUCCAAGGCGUCUACACUGGCGUUGAUCAGCAUGCUGAUUAUCAUCGUCACCGUCGUCACUCAGGGAUUCUUGGUCGACAACGAGCUUCGAGGGAGUGUAAAGGGAUUGUUGUUUGUCAAUGAUGGCUUUUUCGAGGCUGUGGGAGUCAUCUCAUUUGCAUUUGUGUGCCAUCAUAACUCGUUGCUCAUUUAUGGGUCACUAAAAACACCUACGAUGGAUCGAUUCGCCACCGUCACACAUUUCAGCACUUUCAUCUCUCUCGUCGCAUGUCUCAUCCUCGCCCUCGCAGGAUUUCUCACUUUCGGCGAUAAAACCCAAGGCAAUGUUCUCAACAACUUUCCAGCCCAAGGUCACAUCAUGGUGCAGAUUGCGCGGUUGUGCUUUGGAUUAAACAUGCUCACGACACUGCCUCUAGAAUGCUUUGUGUGCCGAGAGGUGAUGAACAAUUACUGGUUUCCCGAGGAACCAUACAAUCCAAGUCGCCAUCUCAUCUUCAGCAGUGCCCUCGUCAUCACGGCAAUGGGAGUCAGUCUCCUCACCUGCGACUUGGGUGCGGUGUUGGAACUUGUUGGGGCCACCAGUGCAUGUGCUCUUGCUUAUAUCCUUCCGCCGUUAUGUUACAUCAAGUUGAGCACGAGAAGCUGGAGGACAAUACCCGCAGUGAUUUGCAUUGUGUUUGGGUUGGCUGUGAUGGGUGUCAGUGUGAUUUUGGCAAUCCGGAAGAUCAUUCAGAACGAUGGUGAAGGUGGCCAAUGUCGCUGAUGUGGCCAGUCGUGGGUUACACGUGAUCAACUGUCUGUGUGUCACGUGGCCAUAGAAGUCUCCGGAGAAUUAAUUAAUGAUGCAACUCUAGCCUAUUUCCAUGCUCCAUUUUUUGACUAGGAGUGAUGUCAUGGGCUUCCACAAUCUACGGAGUACUUCACUUUGACAGAAGGACAUGCAUCGCUUGAGAGGUUGGUGUUUGAUAUCCUCGUCAAAUGGUUGAAUCGCAGGGGCUGCUGGAGGUGAGGUUCCACGUUGGCGCCAACGCGUUCCUGGAGACGUGGCGCGACUGACCAAUCAAACCCCAGGAAUGCUUCUUCCUCCCCACUCCCAAGAUGGCGCCUUCCCCUGAACUGCACAACCAUCGUGCCUCCUCCACUCGUGCGACAAUUCCCGUUACAAUUCCCGUUCCAAUCAUCACCUCAUCUUCUCCCCAAGGCCAUCAGGGCCAUCAAUCUUUGUUUCAUCCUCCAUCUUGACUCCAUCUCAUCUGUCCGCUCACAUACAGGAUCGCCUGGACUGGCCUCCCUCUCGACGCUCCGCACAAUCUUAGAAAUGCUUCAUCAAUCGACCAACAUGGAGC